AUGGACCAACAAACAUACCAAGGCGACCUGCCUUUCCGUGCCGGCGAACAGACUCAGGAACAGGACCAGAGCCAGCUCUCCCCUGAGCUCCGGCCGUUACCGUCGCGCUCCUCUACUGGCAGCAGCACCCGCUCGCGCAAGUCGACACUCACCCUCGACCUCACCAACCUCCCUCCAUUGAUCAAGCCAACGCCCCCCUGCAACACGCUGAUCUUCACCAACCUUCAAUCGCGCGACGUCUUCGCUCCCGACAACCUUCAGCAGAUCCGCGACCUAAUUGAGCAAAAAGCCCGUAUCCACGCCUUCUCGCCGCUCAAGUCGCUCAGCCGGAUCAUCGUGUCCUUCUACAGCGACGCCGACGCUAUCGCCGUGCGCCAAAUCUGGGACGGCGAAGCCAUCAUGGGCGACCGGUGCCGUGUCUACUUUGGCCAGCCCACCCCGCUCACGACCCGCCCCCACACGCUCGCGCUCCCAGACGCCGGCAAGCUCUUCUUCAUUUCCCCGCCUCCCAGCCCGCCGCACGGCUGGGAACAAAAGAUGGAGGACGCCCCCAACACGAUGGUGCAUGCGGAGGACUUGGCCGAUGCUUUGGCUAAGCUGCGCCACCACGACAACCCGAAUGGCGGUGUCGACGUGACGAUGGCGGGCACGGGGGCUUCGCCUGUAUCGCCGGUGGAAAGCAGUCGUGGGAAGGGGCGGAGUCGCAGCUCGACGCUAGUAUUCCAGCCGAACCCGGAGCUUGGCGCCAGCCCGGAUCUGCCGUGUGUCAUUAUCCACGACAUGACGGACGAGCCUGACGAGAUGAGCCCGAUUGCAGAUGCGGCGCCUAAGAUGCUCGUGACGCAUACUGCGCGGCCGCCAGUCGAGCUGAUGCUUGAUGCUUAG